AUAAGAAGAGCUGCUGAAUCACGGUGCAGUGAAUCGCCCGGACUGCGGAGCUGAAAACGACUUCACACAGCUUUAACUAAGCUCUUCUGCAGCUGUAAGAGGUACAUUUAGAGCUAUAGUUUCUCUUUCAUCUUCACUCAGAGCGGACAAACACCCCACAACCCCCCGUCCUCUCCUUUGCUUGGGCUGCGCUCCGUUUAAUUUGAUCGCUGAACCGACUCUCGAUUCGAUUCACUUCACUGUUCCGAACAGUGUUUGUGUUUCAGGGAUUCAGAUCGUGCAGAUCACACACCCACCCUGCGCUCCUCCGCCUGUAGAGAGGGAACAAGAUGGUGAACUGCGGCUUGUUGACGGUGAAAAAUGAACCAGUUCCUCUGAAGAGCAUAGAGGUGGAACUGCAGGUUCAGGGCCAUGUAGCCACUGUGAGCUCCACCCUGCAGUAUACAAAUGAAGAACAGAGCCCCCUGGAGGCUCUUUUUGUCUUCCCUUUGCCAGCAGAAUCUGCUCUCUGCCACUUCAGUGCCAAAAUCGGAGACCAGGAGACAGUGGCAAAGGUGCAGGAGAAAGAGAAGGCAAAGGACGAGUAUGAUGAUGCGAUCGCUUCAGGUCAGCAGGCCUUUCUGCUGGAGGAGAGUGACGAGAGUGAGGAUGUGUUUAAGCUGAGUGUGGGCAGUCUGCCUCCAGGCCAGAGUGCUGCUGUGACCUUCAUCUACGUUACUGAGCUUUCUGUGCAGGCUGACCACUCCCUGCGCUUCUGCCUGCCUGCAGUACUCAACCCUCGCUACUCACCACCAGGAACACAAGCAGGUGUGGUAUCUGAGAUAACAACUUCAGCAAGUAUCCCCUACUCUCUCUCCUUCACUGCCACUGUGAGCUCUCCCAAUCCCAUCGCUAAAAUAGAGUCCAAAUGUGCCCUUGAGCCUCUGGUGUUCAACACAGACCGUACAAAUGCAAAGGUGAGUCUGUCAGCAGGUCAUAAAUUUGACAGAGAUGUGGAGCUGUAUCUGUACUAUGAGAAUGCCCACCAGCCCACUGCUAUAGUAGAGGCAGGAGUGCCCACUGCAAAACCAGGAACUCUUAUGGGAGACCCUGUAGUCAUGCUGAGUUUGUACCCAGAGUUCCCUGAGGCAAUAAUGUCAUCUAUGUCAACUUGUGGUGAGUUUGUGUUCGUAAUGGACCGAUCUGGCAGUAUGGGCUGCGCAAUGCAUAAUGGACCUGGUGCGAAGAUGCGUAUCGAGAGUGCCAGGGAUACUCUUGUCCUGCUGCUAAAAAGUCUUCCGAUGGGCUGCUACUUCAAUAUCUACAGUUUUGGAUCACAUUACAAAUCAUUAUUUCCGAAGAGCGUGGAGUACACUGAGGAGACAAUGGACCAGGCUGUGAAGAGAGUAAAGGAAAUGCAAUCAGACAUGGGUGGGACAGAGAUUUUGGAACCUCUGAGAAACAUCUACAGCCAGCAGUGCAUCCCUAACCACCCUAGACAGGUCUUCAUUUUCACUGAUGGUGAGGUGGGGAACACCAAAGAUGUUCUUCAGCUUGUGAGAAACAAUGCUGAUCAUCACAGGUGCUUCUCUUUUGGGAUUGGUGAAGGUGCAAGCACUGCCCUCAUCAAAGGCAUGGCUCAGGAGGGACGUGGCCACAACCAGUUUAUCACAGGCUCCGACCGCAUGCAACCCAAAGUAAUGCAGUCUCUCCGCUAUGCACUGCAGCCAGCUGUGAUCGAUAUUACUGAAGUGUGGUCAGUUCCAGCAGGCAUGUCCACCACCCACCUAAGCCCUCCACUUAAUGUACUCUUCCAUGGCCAGAGGGCACUGAUUUAUGCCCAGCUGAAAGGAGAGACCCCGGACUCUCAGGGGACAAUAACAGUGAAGUACCAACUAGCAGGUCAAGAAGUCACCAACACGCUCAACUACUCUCUCAAGCCGGCUGAAAAUAGCGGACUCUCCAUUCACAGACUGGCUGCCCGGUCUCUGAUCCGCUCUCUGGAACGGCAGGAGCAGACUGAGGGAGCAGAGAAAGAGGCCUUGAAGGCCAGAGUGGUGGAGCUCAGUGUGGAGGCUGGAGUGAGCUGCUCACACACUGCUUUCAUCGCUGUUCAUAAGGGCAGUGGAGAGGCGGUGGAAGGACCAAUGUUGAAGAGGAGAGUGCCCACAGCAAUGAGGUUUAGAAGUAUGCCUAUGGCAAUGGCCUGUGCUGCUCCUCCAAUGGCAAGGGUUUUGCGUUCUGCACCAAGGAAGGCUUUACGUGCUGCACCAAGGAUGGCUUCAUGUGGUGUAACACAGAUGUAUUUUGAUGUUCCACCACAGAGGAGUUUUGGAGGGCAUAUGAGUCUUGUAUCCUCCUGUAACGAUUGUGAAGACAUCUCAGAUAUGCUUCCACCUGAUGUUGUUGAGGACCACUUGCUGGAGCUCAUUUCCCUUCAGAAGGCCUCAGGCUGCUGGGAAAUGGGCAACGCUCUGGUGAAAGUGUUUGGGAAGCCAGAAGAUGAGGUAGUCAAGCAGACCCCCGCACAGGUGGAUAAGGGGGUCUGGGCUACAAUUCUGGCUCUUAUCUGGUUACAUGGCUUUAAGAUGGAUGAUCAGGCUGAAUGGCAGUUUGUGGCCAUGAAAGCAGUGACGUGGAUCCAAAACCAGAAAGUGGCCAACCUUUCUGAGUGUGUUCAGGCGGGUAAUUCUCUGCUGGGCUGCCAGGUCAAAGAAGAAGCACUUGGACUCUAAAGUCUUCACUUCUCUGAACUCUGAAUUCUCCUCUUGUGUCAUGCUGCCAAAUAAAACCAGCCUCAAAAUGUUUACAGUUAUUUUUUUGCUAGUAAAUUCUGACUUGCACUAAACUAUUCUAAUACUCUGCUUCUAAAGAUUAUUUUAUCUUCUGAAUAUGUUUUGAUAAUCUUGUAAAAGUAAAGGGCCUGUUCUUAUUUUUCAUGCCUUGUCUGUAACAUUUAGAGCUGUUAUCUAAACCACUGCAGCUAUCUAUAGUCAUAUUUCUAAAGUGAUGUUAUUAACCACAUAAAUCAUACUUAAACAAAUAAACUUAAAUAAAAAUCUA